AUGUUGGAACAUGUGAGAAGACUAACAACGUUAACACCAACCAUAAACCUCUCCAUUUUAGAGACAAGCUUACGUAGAUGUCAAUUGUUGAACCAAUUCAAGGAGAUUCUGUCACAAAUGAUCCUCACCGGCUUCAUCACAGACACCUAUGCGGCAAGCAGGCUCAUCAACUUUUCUACUCACUCCAAUUUCAUUCCUUUCCAUUACUCUCUCAAAAUAUUCAACCACCUUCACAACCCCAACACCUUUAUUUGGAACACUAUCAUGCGUUCCCACUUAGAGCUUCACAAUUCACCCCAGCAAGCUAUUCAUUUUUACAAGCUCUUUCUCUUUCAGAACACUCCGCCGGAUCAUUACACAUACCCGAUUCUCCUCCGAUCGUGUGCUGCUCGGGUAUCGGAGCAUGAAGGAAAACAAAUUCAUGACCAUGUUGUUAAGUUUGGUUUUGAUUUUGAUGUUUAUGUUAGGAACACGUUGAUUAAUUUGUAUGCUGUUUGUGGGAACAUGGUGAGUGCACGUCAGGUGUUUGAGGAAAGUCUUGUGUUGGAUUUGGUUUCCUGGAAUACUCUUUUGGCUGGUUAUGUUAAUGUGGGUGAUGUUGGGGAGGCGGAAUUUGUGUAUGACCGGAUGCCGGAGAGGAAUACCAUUGCUUCUAAUUCCAUGAUUGUACUGUUUGGGAGAAAGGGUUGUGUUGAGAAGGCGCGGAGGCUUUUUGAUCGGAUUGAAGGGAAGGAUAUGGUUUCUUGGAGUGCGAUGAUUUCUUGUUAUGAACAGAAUGGGAUGUGUGAGGAGGCGUUGGUUUUGUUUGCGAAUAUGAAUGCUUGUGGGGUUAUGGUGGAUGAGGUGGUUGUGGUUAGUGCUAUCUCUGCUUGUACAAGCCUCUCGGUUGUCUGGAUGGGGAGGUCGGUGCAUGGUUUGGCGGCCAAAGUAGGGAUUCAAGAUUAUGUUAGCCUUCAGAAUGCAUUGAUACAUUUGUACUCAAGCUGCGGGGAGAUAUUGGAUGCUCAUAAACUUUUCAAUGGUGGUGUCUUGUUGGAUAUGGUAUCUUGGAACUCAAUGGUUUCUGGGUAUUUGAUGUGCGGUUUAAUUGAGGAUGCUAAGGCAUUGUUUGACUCCAUGGUUGAGAAGGAUGUUGUGUCUUGGAGUGCUAUGAUAUCGGGUUAUGCUCAACAUGGAUGUUUCACAGAGGCUGUGGCUUUGUUUCAGGAAAUGCAGCUUCUUGGAAUUAGGCCGGAUGAGACUGCUUUAGUGAGUGUCAUCUCAGCCUGCACCCAUAUGGCUGCUUUGGACCUGGGCAAAUGGAUUCAUGCAUAUAUAAGUAAAAAUAAAUUUCAGGUUAAUGUCAUUCUGGGCACGACACUUAUAGAUAUGUAUAUGAAAUGCGGAUGUGUUGAAAAUGCUUUAGAGGUUUUCUAUGCCAUGAAGGAAAAGGGAGUUUCUACCUGGAAUGCUCUCAUUCUUGGGUUGGCAAUGAAUGGGUUGGUAGAAAAGUCACUUAACAUGUUUGAAGAUAUGAAAAAAACCAAGACACUUCCUAAUGAGAUAACAUUUAUGGGAGUUCUUGGGGCAUGUCGACACAUGGGCCUAGUGGAUGAGGGUCGCCGCUACUUUAGUUCAAUGACCCAAGAACACAAGAUAGAACCAAAUGUUAAACAUUAUGGAUGUGUGGUUGAUCUUUUAGGACGUGCAGGUUUGCUUAAAGAAGCAGAGGAACUGAUUGAGAGUAUGCCAAUGACACCUGAUGUCGCUACUUGGGGUGCUUUGCUUGGGGCUUGUAGAAAGCACCUUAACAAUGAAAUGGGAGAGAGGUUAGGAAGGAAACUCAUCCAGCUUCAACCUGACCAUGACGGUUUCCAUGUGUUAUUGUCAAAUAUAUAUGCUUCAAAAGGAAAUUGGGGCGAUGUUCUUGAAAUUAGGGGAAAUAUGGUGCACCACGGGGUGGUGAAGAUACCUGGUUGUAGCGUGAUCGAAGCAAAUGGAAUUGUUCAUGAAUUCUUAGCUGGAGAUAAGACACAUCCUCAGAUAAAUGAUAUUGAGCAUAUGUUAGAUGUAGUGGCUGCAAAGCUAAAGAUUGAGGGCUAUGCACCAAUCACAAGUGAGGUUUCAUUAGAAAUAGAUGAAGAGGAGAAGGAAACUGCCCUUUUCAGCCAUAGUGAGAAGCUUGCUGUUGCCUUUGGACUAAUCACUAUACCCCCACAUGCUCCAAUCAGAAUAAUAAAGAAUUUGCGCAUAUGUAAUGAUUGUCAUACUGUAGUAAAGCUAAUCUCCAAAGCAUUUGAUCGUGAAAUUUUUGUAAGGGAUCGUCAUCGCUUUCAUCACUUUAAGCAUGGAUCUUGUUCCUGCUUGGAUUUUUGGUAG